AGCCCCAGGGACGGAAGCCACAUCCGCAGCCAGACAGUGUGGCACCAGGCGUAGGGCCUAAAGCCAAAGCCAGAGACGCUGGCACCAUCUCUGGGACUGAAAUCCACAGCCAGACAGGCCAGCAUUGGCCCCCCGGCCUAAAGGCAUUGCCACAUCCAGAGAGGCCUACACCUGACCUGGGGCCUAAAGCUGCAGCUAGAGAGACCGGCACCGGCCUCAGAGUCUGAAGCCACAGCACAGCCACAGCCUGAGAAGCCAACAGCAGCCCCUGGUCCUGAAGCCACAGGCAGACAGGCCAGCACUGGCUCCAGGGCCUAAAGCCACAGACAUCCACAUCCAGUGAGGACGGCAAAGGCCCUGGGGCUUAAAGCCACAGCCACAGCCCAACAGGCCUACACCAGUCCGGGGCCUAAAGCCACAGCUCGACAGGCCUAAAGCCACCGGUCCUGAGUCAUAAAGCCAGAGCCAGAGAGGCUGAAAUGGCCCUGGGGCCUAAAGCCACAGACAGAGAGGCCGGCACAGGCCCCGAGGCCUGAAGCCACAUCCGCAGCCAGGCAGGCUGCCAUUCGGCCCCGAGGCCUACAGCUACAGCCCGAGAGGCCAGCACCGGCCCCAGGGCCUGAAGCCCCAAUCAGCAAAGCCGGCACCAGCCCAAGGGCUGAAAAAGACAGCCCGGAAGGCUGGAACCAGUCCAGGGGCUUGGAGCCACAGCUCCGGCUAGAGAGGCCAGCACUGGCCCUGGGGCCUAAAGCCACGCACACAGCCAGGGAGGCCGGCACUGGCCCUGGGACUUAAAGCCACAGCCUGAGAGGACAACAUCUGCCCCAAGGCCUAAAGCCCCAACCAGAGAUGCCAGCACUGCCCUGGGUUUUGUUUUCUACUGGUUCCUCUGGGACUCCACUGACCACUAGGAGGCCAUACUGGUCUUGACUGGUUUUUAUUGGGCUGCACAAGAAUCAUCUUCACUUCUCCAAUUAUUUUACUUCAAACAACCCCAUUGGGUGACCCUGGUGUUGGUUUCCUAAAAUUUGGAUCUGGGAGGCGUCCGUUUCCUUCACUUAUGACGUAAGCAACGAAGCGAUGUGGGUAAUCGCUGAGGUCACAAACACUGCUGGGGUGGGAGCGUCUGUGCCACAGCUGGUGAGCAGAGCUGGUGCUCUGGUGAGCGUGCUGCACGCAGACUGAGCUCUGGGCCUUCCUUAGAACAGAUCACCCUGUGAGAGCCCAUCCGAAGCACCGCUGUGGCGUGUGCAUGAGCUGGGCACAGCUUGGGCUGAGCGGGCCGAGCAGGGUUCCUGUCCAAAAGGAGAUUUCAGAGAUCAAGGCAGUCUCAGGAAGAGUGAGGCCAGCUCUUUCCAAGAGCAGAGAAGUUCCUGCAGAGAGAGCCCUGGGAACUUCGGCUUCCUCGGAGACAGCGGUCAUGUCUCAGCAAGGAGACGACUGCAAUUCCUAUUUCUGUCCUGUGAGUGGAGAGCAGGGCGGCGCAGUUCCCUGUGUUUGGGAACAGCAGCCAGCAGGCUGCCAGAGGUCCAACUGCGCCUUUCAGCGCACAGAGGGACGCGACGGGGACGGACCGUCCUUACUGCCAUGCGAAAGGACGGAGCCUGCGCGUCCACAGAAUGGUGCGGGGCAACGGGGAAAACGGAAAGCCUCCGCAGAAGCUGAUGCAAGCGGCCUUCCAGCAAAGCGCAGCCAUGCGGAAGGCCAGGAGAGGAGCGCAGAGUGUGGCACAACACCCAAGAGAGCAGUGGCGACCAGCUUGGAUGUGCCGGAGGACAGCACGGACAUUCAGGGUUUGCUCUCUUGGAUCAGUGAUGUGGCAAGAGCUGUUGAGGUCCCCCACGAGCACCGCAGCAGCCCUGCCCCAGGAUGCUUCAUCGCUGAGCUCCCUGACUACCCCAGGGACAGCAGAGAGCUCAGCACAGACACACAGGCUGCCGCCGGGACCCCCACCGAUCCCUUCUGGGGACUUCCACCAUCCCCUGGGCUCCUGUCUGAGCUGCAGUGUGGACUGUCUCCGCUGCACCCCGUCGUGCCACCAGAGAGUGUCUGGCUCAGUCCACGGCUGACUCCCCUGGCUGUAACCACACCUCCCUCAGCCCAAACCACACAGCCUGUCGAGGAGGUGCAGCAAAGGCAGCCCCAGGGGCUUCAGGCUCAGUCACCACCAUCACUGGGCUCUGUCUCCUGCCCGGUGGCAGAAAAGAAAAGCAGGGGCAGCACCAAGCGGACCAAGCGCCCCGCGCCUGCUGGCACCACGCGGAAAAGGGAGAGCUCCCAGCAGGAGCAGCCCACCAGCGGUGCUCCAGCCAAGAAGAGGAAGCUGCCAGCACACAAGGAAACAAGAGAAAGAAAAGGCCGCAGACACCCUCAGCAAGUGAAGCCGUCUGGGGCCAGCGCAGGAGCCAGCAGCAGAGUGCGAGCGGGUGCUGCCAGUGAGCUGUACAUGCGCUUGUGUGCAUCCAUCCAGGCCGUGCACCCGCUGGGGCAGAGGGUGACUGCGGUGGGGCCGGUGCGCCAGCCACCCUCUGUGCAGCCCCAACCCACACCCAGCGCUGGCCCAGCUGCCCUCCAGCCCCAACACAGUGCCACAAACAAGGCAGCGCCAGCACCACCACGCACCACGGCGCGAGAGGAGGACGCAGCCAAGAAGAUGGCACCGAGCUGCCUGCGUCCAUCCCUGCAGAGGAGCUCACUGCUGUGGAGGCACCCACCAUCACGAUCACAGCUGCACCACCGGCAGCCUCGGCCACAGCACCCCUUGCACUUCGUGGGGCGCCGGCGGGGUGGCCGUGCCACAGUGCCCAGAGUGCUGGAAAAGUCGCGGCCCAUCACAGCCGAGCAGCGGCCCAAGCGGGAGCUCAUGAAGAAGCUGGCCCAGGAGGAGCGGCAGCGGGCGGCCCACCAGAUGAAGAUCGGCCCCGUGCAGUUCCUGGUGCAGCGGGAGAUAGACAUGGCCGUAGCCGACGACUACGGCUACCUGUAACGCUGUGCUCCUCGCCGGCCCCGCAGCACCAGGCAGCAGCGGCAGCGUUCCAGGGGCACCAGCAACAGCCCCAUGCCUCACCUCCAGAACCGAGCCGUGCUCCAAAGUCAGCACUGCAGUGGAUGGGACAUUGUCUGGGCGCUCAAUUGUUGUGGGAUGGCAAUUUUAGGAAUAUUGUUGUUUCUGUU